AUGCCUUCACGGCCGGUGCGGCGUAAUCGCCCGCAGAGGCUGUCGAGGCCUUAUGCCAUGACGCAUGCGGGCGUGAGAUUGAUUGCUUGGAUUACCAGCCUCGCUGCAAUUCUGAUGCUCGCAUUUGUUGGCAAAGAGUGGCCUUCGAAGAGUCAGGUUAUCAUCGCUGGUGCUGUCGGUUGUGCAAUUGCAAUGCUCAACGAUAGCUGGGAGGUUCUAGCAGUGACAGAUGCUUCAUUCACAGUCCCCAGAUUAGCUACCUCUAGAAGAGUCCUGCACGACUUGUUCUCCCUAGCUCUUUGUGUUGGCGGAAUCAUUAUGAUGUGGGUAUCAAACAUCAACAUCACCGACGACAAGAACGCCGAGCAGAAGCGUCAAGAGCAAUGGCUCAUGGCUGCCCUGUGGGCUUUGAUCGCCGUGGUUGGCUGGAGAUUAAUCUUUGCUGUCUGGGGUUUUUUGAUGGCAGACGAGGAACGCGACAUUUAUGCAUUCAACGGCGCUUGGUGUUUGGGCUUUGGCACGAUAGACAUGCCGAUUUGUUUACCACGACUGAAUUUCUUUAUGGCGAGAGGGUUUUCGACGACAUUAUGGGCCCGAAUGACCACCGGAGUUGAUCGUGGCAUCGAUCGGCCCGGUAACGACUGUCUAUGCCGUCAUACCUUGAACCUUUGGACCACCUAUUCUACGGCUGAUCCUUCUGGACCUUCCUAUGCGACAUCGAGGAGUUUGCAAGCGCCCAUGCACGAACUCCGACAUCUCUUCGAUAUUGCGCGGAAACUGCACGGACGACUGUCAAGCCAGACCAUACCGAAAUGCUGGACGGCAUCGACACGAGCAUUGGUAUCAGAUGGACUUUACCUUCGGCCGAAAGCGGGGGUUCACCAUUGUUACUGUAUGAAUACCAGCGCCGAAGCUAUGAGAGAUGGGCCAGGUCAUAUUGCUCUCGACAGUCACCGAAUAACGACGAUUGAAUCUGUUGUUGAACUUUCUGAGCAAUUGAUGAGACCAACGAAGAGGGCUACGACAUCUGUUGUUGAAACUACAGAGGGCUGUGGCGCAUAUGAGCUACUCAGCAAGCCCUCUGAGGUUUAUCUUGAGGUGUUACCCAUCGGCUGUUCGAUUCGACAAGAUCUAGGUUUAAAGAUCCUUUGGAUUGCGGAGACGCAGUUCUACACAAUACAUGUGAUGGCUCCCCUAGAGCAGCCAAAGGCAAUCACUCCAGGUGGCGAUAUUACUCUUGUGGAAAUCACAGCUCGAAUCAACGACGAGCCGAAGCAAAGCGGCGGUAGCAGCCAAGAGAGCAAGGAGCAACAAGAACCAAGAGAACCUCUCAAGGACACCCUAAGAAGGCUUGUGGAGGAGCACGAACAUGACCAGAAUUUCCCCGACGACCUUCUCAACCGGGCGCGCAAAUACCUCGAGAACAAAAAUGACGAGCAGCAAGAUGCUGAGCGAGGCCAGAGCAUCUCUAGAGAGUUCGAGGCUCAGAAGGAAUUGAUGCUAAAUAGCUCCAUCUAUCCUGAAGUCCGAGCUGUUGUGGAUGAUACGGACGACCCGACCUUGCUAGUCGGCACAUUCAGGGUAUUCCUUUUGGGAACAAUAUUUGCAAUCAUUGGCACUGGGGUCGAACAGUUCUUUUCACUCCGAAUGCCUCCUAUUGGACUUUCGACAUUCAUUGUACAGAUCUUAGCAUUACCUGUGGGGAAGCUGUUGGCGAGAUGGCUGCCGACAAGGAAGUUCCGGAUAUUUUCGUGGGAGUUCACACUCAAUCCUGGACCUUUCAACCAAAAGGAGCAGAUUCUCAUUGCAAUGAUGGCAAAUGUAACGUUUGGCGGUUCUGCCGUUGGAGCCUUCAUCGUGAGCAUCAUUCAAGUCCUGAAACUUGAUAUCUUUUACGGGGAGAAGAAUCUCUCGAAUAGUAUUCCUUGGCAGAUCCUCACGCUCAUAUCGACCCAGUUCAUUGGGUAUGGAUGUGCAGGUCUGGUUCGAAGGUUCCUGGUUUACCCGCCCUCGAUGAUCUGGCCAAAAGCAUUGGCAAAUAUUGCACUUGCCAAGGCGUUGAACAAGGACAAUGGACAUUCAGAAGAUACAGUGCACGGAUGGAAGAUGUCGCGAUACAAUUUCUUCUUGGUCUGCUUUACUUCCAUGUUCUUCUACUUCUGGAUUCCAAAUUACCUUUUCAAAGCUCUUUACUUGUUCAAUUGGCCGACCUGGAUAUCACCAGGAAACGUCACACUCGCCCUCAUAGCUGGAUCAACCUGCGGUUUGGGCUUCAACCCCUUACCAACACUGGACUGGAACGUCGCCACGUAUCUCGGCGACCCUAUAGUAACACCUUUCUUCACACUUAUGAACUUUGCAAGCGGCAUGGCAAUAUGGGGCUUCAUAGUCGCGCCAUUGGUAUACUUCAAGAAUGUCUGGAACACGGGCUACUUCCCUAUCAACAACAACUUCAUCUACGACAACCAUGGCUUGCGGUACAACCUCUCGCGCGUAUUGCUGCCCGACCUUACGCUUAAUCAGACCGCGUACCACGAGUACAGUGUCCCCCUCAUGACAUCCACUCAGGUGAUCAAGUAUGCGGCUGCCUUUAUGAUAUAUGUUGCUACACCCGUGCACAUGUACCUCUGGCACCGUAAGGAUAUCAUGUCUAGGCUACGAGCUUGUUGGGCACGGAAGUCGCGAGACGAGGAGUUCAAUGAUGUGCACAACCGUCUUAUGUCUGCGUAUCCAGAGUGUCCUCACUGGUGGUACGCUGUCAUUCUCGUUGCGUCUUUCAUCAUCGCCUGUGUCUCGGUGAGUCUGUGGCCAACUGGCAUGCCAAUAUGGGGCAUCGUCCUAGCUGUCCUCUUCACCGUCGUGUUGCAAAUUCCAAUUGGGAUGCUCUUGGCUGUUACGAACAUGGAGAUUUCAACGCGUAUCCUCUCCCAGCUUGUUUCUGGCUAUAUGUUUGAGGGCCAACCAAUUCCGAACAUGAUUUUCCAGAUGUUCAGUUUCAUGUCGACACAUCAGUCGCUCAACUUUGCCAGCGAUCUCAAGCUCGCGCACUAUGCCAAGAUCCCACCGAGGUGGGCGUUCGCUGCACAGGUUUAUGCGACGCUUCUGGCAGGUUUUGUUGGGUUGGGCAAAGACCGCUUCACGUGUCCCCAUACGCACACAUUCUUCAUGUCCUCAGUGAUAUGGGGCGUCGUCGGACCACGUCGAUUAUUCGGCACCCAAGGCCCCUACCGAGCCGUCACAUACACCAUCCCCAUCGGUGUCAUAGUCCCCGUAGCCGUGUAUUUCAUGUCCAAGCGGUGGCCCAACACCUUCUGGCGCAACGUCAACGCGCCAAUCCUAUUCAUAGGACCGAUGGCGUGGGCACCGUUCAACUGGAGCUACAUGCAGGGCUCGAUAGUUCUGGCGUUUGUGUUCAACAAGGUGAUCAAGAGGCGGUACGCGGCGUGGUGGGAGAAGUACGCGUACGUGCUGACGAGUUCUAUGAGCGCAGCUAUUGGUAUAUCUGGCGCAGUGAUGUACUUUGCGGUGCAGCAUCCGGGGAUUGCGCUGGAUUGGUGGGGGAACAGGGUUCAGAGUGAGGGUGUUGAUCAAGGGGGCUUUGUGGCCAGUGGAAAGGUUGUUGGCUGUUCGGUGUUGAAGAUGCCUGAGAAGGGUUACUUUGAUAUCGGGGUAGACUGGAAGGUAUAUCUAGCAUAG